CUAUGACUGAUACCAAGAACACUUUGCAGUGACAAACAGUUUUACAGUUUUCGAACAGAACUUGCCGUGGUAGCAGAUAUUAUUGCGAUUAGAAUAAUCCUGCAUGAAAUCUAAUAUAUAUUUUAUAUUAAGAUAGUGUUAAAUUCUACGCGCAGUAUAUUAUACACUUGGGUUGAAAAUGGAUUUUGCAAACAAAGUCGCACUGAUUACCGGAGGUGCAGGUGGAAUCGGCUUUCAAUCUGCUAAAGAACUUUUGCGUAAUGGACUCAAACACGUGGCCAUUCUCGAUCUGGCGUCAUCUCCAGGUGAGGAAUUGGCUGAUAAUUUAAACGCAGAAUUUGGCAAAGGACGGGCAAUCUUCGUCAGCUGUGACGUUACGAAAGCCAACGAACUCGAAGCCGCAUUCGCCAAGACCGUAAACGAAUUCGGUGGACUCGACAUAGUGAUCAACAACGCUGGUAUACUGAACGAAUCAAAAUGGGAAUUGACGAUCGACAUAAAUCUAAUCGCAGUCGUGAGAGGAACGAUGCUGGCUUUGCAAUACAUGGGAAAGGACAAGGGAGGCAAGGGUGGCGUUAUUGUGAACACCUCUUCAACAUACGGUGUCGAUCCUGUCGCCUGGUCGCCAGCUUACGCCGCGGCCAAAGCCGGUGUCGUAGGCCUGAGUCGAUCUUACGGACUAUCAUAUCACUACGAUAAGACGGGCGUUAGGGUCAUCACAAUGUGUCCUUCGUUCACAGAGACUCAGUUAUUGAUCGAGGCUGAUGAUAGCCGUCUGUUAUUAUUCGAAGACGCGAAAGCUGCUCUGAACGAAAUCAACAACGGCCUAAUGCAAAAGCCAGAGAACGUUGCAAAGGCGUUCGUGUAUGUUAUUCGAAAUGGAAAGAGUGGCAGUAUCUGGCUCGCCGAGGGUGGAGAUCCGGUUCGUGAAUUUACGCCGAGAAGCAUCUUCGACAAAGCAGCACUGAUUUAAUAUUUCUACGUACCAUCCAUGCGAGGAAAUCUGUUUUUGUUUUUUUUUUUUUUUUACCAUGACCAUCACCUGCUAAUGUUUUAUUGCUGUACAAUUUUUACCCCAAGCUAUCGGCAAUUGCCAGACUUUUGAAACACAUACCGAUAUACGUAUAUUAUUGAGAGUGAAAUGUAAAAUUUUCAUAAAACUGUGUAAUGGUUAAAUAUAUUUUCAAGCUACUUUGUAUCUACUUUUACGAAUUAAUGAACAUGAUUUUUGACUGACUAUUA